AUGGAUAUACCAAACGUUCACCAAAGGUCACGCAACUCACAACAGGAGCAAUACCACAACAAUGUAGUGCUGUCAACUACUACUGCUAUUAGCAGAAGCAAAAGUGAUCAAAAUUUGGCUUCCAAGGAAUCACCCUCACCUAGCAAUUCUGAGGGGUAUGUCGAGCCUGAGUUUUAUAAGUUACCAGAACCAAUAGUCUCUCAGCCUAGUUUUCCGAAACCUGCCAUCCCAAGGCUACGUUCAGUCAUGUCUUUACCUCCACCCGUUCCGCCUAGAAUGCUGCGUGAUUUGGAUAACAGUGUCGAUUUGUCUAUUGCCAGGCGGGCCAAUUCCGAGUCCAGUCCGUACGAUAUUUCGAAAAGCAUUGCGGAAUCGGCCAUGGAUAUCUCGCUGCUGACUGCGAACGCCAACCAGCUGAGACUACUGAUGACCUACAAUCAAAAUUCGCAAACCUACCUGGCCUGUAUCAUAUUCAUAAUUAUGUCACUGGUGCUGCAAAUGUUUGUAGCGGUUACCAUGAUCAUCGUAUCGUUGAUGAAACAGAAUCUUCAAGUAACUACCCGACAGAAGUUAAAAAUUAUCACAUCAGUUGGAGUGGCAAUAAUCACUAUGAUUAACAUACUCGUUGCUUCGUUGGUAGUUGCUGAAUAUACACCCGCUGACGGAAGUGCCAUCAUGGCCAUGGACGCUCUGUCCACGGAGGGUACUAUGGCUACAAUUGCUGCCGUUACUACGACCAGUACGACCUCCGCUCCUUUGGAGGUGGUUUUGUAA